AUGUUUCAAGAAAAGCUAGUUGUUUUAUGUAAUCCUUUGUUGGAUAUCCAAGCCACUGUCGAUGCUGAGUAUCUAAAGAAGUACGAUUUGAAGGCCAAUGAUGCCAUUUUAGUCGAUGCCAAAUCUGGUGAUAAGAAGAUGGCCAUCUACGAUGAGUUAGCUAGUUAUCCAGACGUUAAAUACAUUGCUGGUGGUGCUGGUCAAAAUUCAGCAAGAGGUGCUGCUUAUAUUUUAGGUAAAGGUAAGGUUGCUUAUUUUGGUUCUGUUGGCAAGGACAAAUAUGCUGAGAAAUUAGCUGCUGAAAAUGCAGCUGCUGGUGUUACUUCUUUAUAUCAGGUCCAAGAAGAUGCAGGUACUGGUAAGUGUGCUGCUUUAAUUACGAACUUCGACAGAUCUUUGGUUACAGACUUAAGUGCUGCUAAUUUAUUUACUCCAGAUCAUUUGGACAAGAAUUGGUCUGUUGUUGAAAAUGCUGAAAUUUUUUACAUUGGUGGUUUCCAUUUGACUGUCUCCCCAGAAUCUAUUAUUAAAUUAGGUAAGCACGCCAAAGAAACCGGUAAACAAUUCAUCUUAAACUUGAGUGCUCCGUUCAUUCCUCAAUUUUUCAAGGAUGCUUUGAAAGAGGUUUUACCAUAUACCACUAUGGUUAUUGCCAAUGAAGCUGAAGCUGAAGCGUAUGCAGAAGCUUUUGAACUAAAAUGUUCUAAAACUGAUUUGGAAGCCAUUGCCAAGGAAAUAGUAGGUGACUCUAAAAAGACUGUUAUUUUCACACAUGGUCUAGAACCAACUGUUGUGGUCACUUCAGAAGGAUCUCAAACUUUCCCAGUCAAGGCAUUAGAAAGCUCUAAAAUUGUUGACACCAACGGUGCUGGUGAUGCUUUCGCCGCUGGUUUCUUAGCUGCUUUAGUAGAAAAGAAGCCAUUAGAAACUGCCAUUGACAUGGGUCAAUGGUUGGCUGCUCUAUCCAUCCAAGAAAUUGGUGCUUCAUACCCAAAGGUGCCACUUGCAUACUCCGCUUAA